AUGGCUAUUGUUGAACAAUUUGUUCUGCUUAGCUUCGGCUUAGCUACCAUUGCGGUUCGAGUCGGCGUACGAUGGCACCAAGUCGGGGUCUUGAACUGGAAGCUCGAUGACUACCUAAUGCCUUUGACGGGGAUCGUUUUUACUCUCGAAGUGGUUGCCGCAUAUUUAGUGGGCGCCGAGUUCCAAGGACUGACCAAUAGCUAUAUGACGGAUGCAGAACGAGCGUUACUGGACCCUGUCUCGCGAGAGUAUUUCAACCGCGUAUGGGGUUCGAAGAUCCAGGUCAUCGGAUGGUCUCUCUACGUCUUCAUCCUAUGGGCGCUGAAGUUUUGCGUCACGGCGUUCUACUCACGACUGACAUCCGGCUUGACUCAUCUCAGGACCCGUGUGCGAAUUGCAUAUGUUCUCCUCAUCAUCACUUAUCUGACAGUAGCGCUCACGCUGCUGCUCUCAUGCCAGCCGAUGCACAAUUUCUGGCAGGUCAAUCCUGACCCGGGUACGCUUUGUCGACCGACGAAUUCCCCAGCAUACGUCUUGGUGGUCGUGAUUCCCAACGUCUUGACCGACAUAUACUUGCUGUCCAUUCCGCUGCCGCUUGUUUGGGGUGUAAACAUUAGCCUUCGUCGACGACUUACCCUUAUGUUCCUCUUCAGCGGCGCCGUAUUCGUCGUCAUGGCUGCUACGAUUAGAGCCGUGGUCAUCAGCACGUCCGGGCCCGAAGGAGCAGUCUCAGGCAGCUCCUGGGCUUGCCGGGAGACUUUCGUCGCCAUCGUCGUAACGAAUCUGCCCAUUAUCCAGCCCCUGAUUCGAAAAGCCGCCAACAAAACUGGACUCAGCACGCUCUUCACCAGAUCCUCGCCCACUGCAGCAGAGAGCUACCAGCUCGACAGCAACCCCGCGGGCACCAAUGGCUGUGGUAGUCACUUCAAUACGAGACGGGAGAAGGGAGCAGCUCCACACCCGCUCUCAAUUCCGCAGGCUACAGCCUGGGGCAGUGACGAGUACAUUUUGCACGAUGGAUUGGACGGCAAGAGUGCGGAAGCCAAGGAUGGAGACUGUACCGAGUCUGUUCGAUCGCACUUCAGAGUGGGGAGCUGAAUGAUGCAGCACGGACAGUACUUAUGUAGACGAAAGACUACCUAUGUCAGUCAGCAAUAACGCUCAUCCACCGAAUUGAAUGCUGACAUUUUGGGUCACAUCUGG